AUGUUCGCUCGUCUCCUCGCUGUCGCCUCCCUCGUUGCCUUCGCUGUUGCCGAUGGCCAGUGCAACACCGGUAGCAUCUCGUGCUGCAACAGUUCUACCUCCACCAGCAACUGGAACUCUGCCUCCAAGAUUCUGGGUCUCGUACCCGUUGUCGCUGAUGUUACUGCGCUCGUUGGCUUGGGCUGCAGCGGUGUUACUGUUGUCGGCACCAGCUCUUCCUGCCAGGCUAACCAGCAGCCUCUGUGCUGCAGCGGCAACAAAUAUAACGGUCUUGUUAACAUUGGCUGCACUCCUAUCAACGUUGGCGCUUAG